AUGGAAGCUAGAUUUGUCCCGCUGGAAGGGGUCAAUCUCGACGACAGCCGAAACAAGGCGAUGUUAAUCGUGACUUCGGUCUUCUUCGCUAUUUCGCUAUUGAGCGUAAUCCUAAGAUGCUUUGUCCGUACACACGUUGUUCGCGCUUGGGGCUGGGAUGAUGGAACAAUGGUCAUAGCCAUGGCCCUCAAUACGGCCUUUGCAAUCUGCGGCAUCGUUGGUUGCAAAUACGGACUUGGGAGGAAAACGGUAUACUUUGCCCAAUACCCGGAUCACUUCCACCGCGCAAUGCUGUGCUGGUGGGUGGGACAACUCUUCUACGUGUUAACAUGCGUGGUAGCCAAGCUCUCCAUUAUCAUUGCCCUCCUCCGAAUCACCAUCUCUCGCGUCCACGCCUAUAUCCUUUACGGCGCAAUGAUUCUCGCCACCGCCGUUGGCCUCAUCUUCUUUUUCUUCACCAUGUUCCAAUGCUCCCCCGUCGACUAUUUCUGGAAACGGGCACAGCCGAAUACUCAUGGCGCGUGCAUCAAUAGAACUCUCCUCAUUGGUAUCGCGUACUUGUAUAGCAUCGGCGCCGCUAUAACCGACCUGACAAUUGGAUUGAUUCCCGUGGCGUUAAUAUGGAACCUGCGCAUGAACCGCCGAACUAAGGGUGCCAUUGCCGUUAUCUUGGGCAUCGGUUCCAUCGCGAGUGCCGCCGUUAUUAUUCGGAUUCCCUAUAUCCCCACCUACAAAGAUCCAGAUUUCCUAUAUGCCACUUCCCAACUCUCUAUAUGGUCCAACAUCGAAGCAGGAAUCGGCAUCACGGCGGGCUGUUUAACAACCCUCCGUCCCAUAAUUCGCAUCUUCCGUGACAGCUCCUCUGAUGUCACGCCACAGUCCUUUCCUCUAUCCAACAAUGUCGCUGGCGCCUUCCACCGCUCCAUGCGGUCGAACCAGAUAUCCCGUGACGAUGCACACCAGCUCUGGACUGGCACAGGGAGUGAUGAGUACCACGGUGUUACGACUACUAUCUCCACCGCUCAGAAACAACUUAAUUCGAGCGAGGACGAUUUGACUGCAUAUAGUAACGACCCCGAUGCUCCCAGGUGGAGGGUUGAGAGGUCUGUUCGCGUGUCCGUGCGCAAUUCAUGA